AUGGACGAUGAUGAAUACACAAGGCAAUCCUCAUACCAGGCACAAGUCAAGGAGGACUUGAACCUUCUUGUCAGCAAUUUCGACAACGAGCAGUUGGAACGUUACAACCUUUACAGAGAAACGGGUCUGAAGGCGCCACAGGUCAAGCGUAUUUUAGUGGCCACAGGCAUGUACAACGUGCCACCAACUGUUCUUCCGCUCAUCGGAGGAGUCGCUAAAGUUUUCGUCGGCGAGGUCGUCGAGAAAGCCCGUGAGGUACAAGCGGUACGCAAGGAAUCAGGGCCACUUUCACCAGAGCAUCUUCGUGAAGCAUACCGCCUGUAUACGAUCGAGUCAGGCCACAUUGGUGCCGCUUCGCCUGCUCGAGGAAAACGGCUUUUUGUUCGAUGA